CUGGCCUACUCUGUAACCACACCGUUUGCCAGCAGUGUACCAGCGACGUGUAAUACGGCCAGUAAGUUGUUAUACCCAACCCAUUAUUAUUGUUGUUGUAGCUGUUAUCAUCGCCAUCGUUGUUAUUGUUGUUUAAAAAAUUAUUAUUUAGUUAAAUUAUUAUAAUAUUGUACGUCCGCGUAUACCUACCGCCGUAAAAUUGUCGCGAAUAUUUAUUAUAAUAUAAUUACCCGGGAACGAUGUACCUGUCGGCGAAAAAAAUGUAACGACCCGCCACCAGUAAAUCGACCAAAGACGACCGCGGGAGAUUAACAGCCGAUUUUCGAACUUAAACUUCGAGCACCAUAUACCUAACAGAGUGGACAAUUCCACUGAAGACGUCGCGCCGUUCUACUGCAGCUGUUGCCACCACUCACGCGUGUGCCUACUUAAUCGUGUAAUUAAUGAUAAUCAACGUACCGUUGGUUGACAUGGCUAAUGUGGAUGCUAAAAAAAUAUACGGAUGGACGUGGAGCAAAUCGGACAGUUGAAUGACACCGACUGCGGUUUUGUGUGUGAGGCUGGCGAAGAAGCGUCGGGAAACACCAUGUGGUUUGGCGUAAAAUGGCUGAUCCAAAUAAGAGUAAAGCGCUGUAUUCGUCCGGGGUGGCAUUCCUAGGGUUCGCGUGUUUUGCACUAGCCGCCACUGCUAUUGGGUUGCCAUUAUGGGGUUACUACGAAAAUCCUCAAGCCGAAAUUGGGACUUCAGGAAUCGAUCGGGGUUAUUUUGGACCAUGGCAAAUGUGCAAACAAUCGUACUACGGACGAACGAAAUGUGGAGACUCAAUAUCCAGGUUUCAUCCUGUGGAAACGGUUAAGGUAGCCGGAUAUUUUGCCAUAGCAGGCACACUGAGCCUGGCCGUGUUUUGCAUCCUGAGCAUAGUGCAAUUGGCCAUGGUAGUGUCAAAGGAAAAAGUCGUGUUCGCCUAUAGCAAGACCGUGGUUACCAAAUUGGUGUUUGCAUUCGCAGCAACUCUGCUGGCAAUCAUCGCAGCCGGGUUAUUCGCUCUUCAAACCGACGACAAAGACAACAGCUACCAAGUGACCCGAGGGGAAUCGUUUUAUAUGCAGAUUGGCUUAAUUAUAUUGAAUUUUUUACUAUUCGUGGCUGCAAUAUAUGAUUUAAUAUUUUCCCGUCGCUUGGGCGGUGAUCCGACCAUCAGUAACCGUGAUCCAUCUGGUGUCGAAGCUACCACAUUCAAUAAUCCUGCCUUUAAGGAGAAGAGGUCAAUGAAUCCAAGAGGAGGAGGUGGAGUCGGGGUCGGUGGCAGUGGUAAAAUAUCGGUGACAGACGCCAGCGGAAAGCCGUACUUGAGCGGCACGACCAAUGGCAGUACGAUGUCAAUGACCACUACACUCAGCUCAAAUGGUUCGUCCAUAACACCAGUGAUCCGCAGCCCAUUGCGGUCCAGCCUGAAGAAGCCACGGUCGGCUAAUGGGAACGGGACCGGAGGAGGCGUUGGCGGUCUAGGUAUACAGAAUCCUGGUUUCAGCGGCACAUCACCAACCCUAUCCCGAAACGGGAGCGUGAAAAAAGUCCGGAUACAGACCCAGAGUACGGCCGUGUAAAGCUGCGAGAAAGCGAUGCGCAUCGACUUGACGGAAUAAAAUAAUAAUACAUAGACUAUAAAAACGAAGGAAAAAUAUAUUCUGGCGAACAUUCCGUGGGAAAAUUCGUAUACUUAUUACUUACAACGAUUCACGUUAUCGCUACCAUACAGAAGACUCGCGGGAUGAUUUUGACUUUCGUGGGACGUACUUGCACCAUACCGAUCAUUGUAUAAUUAUAUAUAUAGUAUAGGUAGUUGUACACGUCUUUUGAUUUAAUUGUACGUAUAGUAAAAUACGCAGGUACUAAUCACAAUAGUAUCAUAACGACGAAACAACAUUCUUAACAGCUAUAUUGCAGUGACAUGUGCCUAUCAAUAUUAUUUAAAACAUUGUUUAUGUGGGUAAAAUAUAAUAAUAUUAUAUCGUAACAAACAUCUAGCUGACGUGCGCGCGCACACACUAUUAUUAUUAUUAUUUUAAUUGUUAAUAUACGUCAUAUUUUACGCGCACCCGUUUCAUCAUCAUUAUUAUUAUUGUUAUUAUUAUUAUUUUAUUUUUAUUUUUCAUUUCGUUGGUCGUAUUUAGUUGUUAUUUAAUCAAAAUUUUUAAUUAUUUUUACGCAUAUAAUAUAUAUAUAUAUAUGAAAUUGUGCCAAUUUUGGUCCAACGAACGUGUACUAUAGUCUAUAGGUCUAUAGCAUGUAUAAUAUUCAAAUAUAUAAUACCGAACUAUUUGUAACGUUUUUUUUCCACUUAUCCCUCCAAAACAACGGCAUGUUAUUGAAAUCAUCGGCAAAGCUUAGUACAAUAUGUUUAUUUUACAUUUUAAUUUUUACAAUACUCGCAUGACCUGUAUCGUAAUAAAAUCGUUUUCAACAGCGAAAUCACAACAUUUUAUGUGCUUAUUUUCAUUGUUAAACAAUUAUUUUAAAAUUCAAAUAUUAUAUAAAUAUAUAUUUUGUUUGAUUCAUAAUUCGAGUUUAUCGUAUGAUGCGUUUAAUUCAGAAAUUUAAAACAUAAUAUUUUAGGAUAUUGUUCGUUGAUGUAUUAUCUAAUAUAAUCGAUAAAUUCAUUAUAUUUAGUGUGCCAUCCGGAAAACUCGUUAAAAAAACUUGUUUAUACUCGGAAUUUUUUUAUUUCGUGAAUGUACACAAAACAAAUUGCACAUAAUAUGUAAAAGUAUAAUACGUAUUUCGUUAUUCACUAUGUAUAAAUAUUGUAUAAUAGUAACAAUAAUAAUAAUAACAUAAUAAUGUAAUAUAUUAUUCAUUGUUUCUUUUAUUAAGUAUACAAAAUCAAAUUCAUCCAAUAAGUGAUGAUUUUAUUGUAUGUAUUUCAGUUCAUUUCACGAUUCAGUUAUGAGAUCUAAAUCGAUAAUAAUUCAUCAUAAUUUAAAUAAAAAUUAAGAUCUCGCGUAGUGAAGUAUUUUUUUUUUUUAGCAUUGUGUACAAUCAAAAAAAAAAACAAACAAAAAUUAUAGUAAAUAAAUAAUAAAAAUGUUACCUUGACACCAAAAUUUGUUCAAAAUAAAACUGACACUGUUAUGUUUUAUAAAAACAUACUUCUAACAAUUUUAUAAAUUGUAUAGUUCACGUGAUAUUUUACACAAUUUAUAAUAAAUUGUAAUUAUGUUGUGCACAAAUUAUAUGAAAAUAUUUUUUUAUCUAUUUAUUUUUAAGUUUUUUUUAACCAUAUCCAAAGCAAAUUUUUAAGUGUCAUGUUUGCUAAGUUCUAUUAAUAUAUUUAUUAUUGUAGGUAGAAGCCUAAUGUGGUAUCUAAUAUAGAUAAGAUAGCAACUAUUAUAUUUUUGUAGUUCUAUACUUAUAUUAUAAUGUACAGGAUAAUAUUAUGUAUAUAUAUAUAAUAUUAUAAUGUAUUUAUGUAUUUUUUUUUUUUACCAAAAGCACUACAAUUUUGUAUUUAAAUAGAUAAACUAUAUGCACACAUACACAAUACACAUAUAGUACAUACUUUUUAUUAUAUCAAUGUAUCAUUCAAUUCAAAAUUAAGUGCACUUGCAUGUCUAUCACAAUAUUUAAAUAAUUUUCUGGUUGUUAUAAAAAUGAUAUGAAUCUUUGUUUUUUUAUUAUAGUUGCUUAUUAUUACUUUAGGUUAAGUUAUUUAGUCGUUUAUAUAAUAGGUAGUAUAUUGUAUAAAAAUCGUUUUCGAAAUUAUACACGAACAAAUUUUGAAAAUAGAUAAAUACAUACUUAGGUACUUUAUAAACAAAAUAACCAUCACAUGUAUAAACUAUAUUAGACAAAACAAGUAAUAAGUACAUGCAUUAAAAUACAUGUAUAAUUACAUCAAGUGAAUAUUUAAACAUUAAAAAACACUUUAAUUUUAUAAUUAUGAAUCACUAUAGUCAAAGUUUUUAUUGUUAAUAUGUUUUGCAAAGAAUUAAAAUAAUUUAAUUAGUCAGGUGCAUAUUAUGUUGAAACACUCAGAACCAUAUUUAACGAUUAUUAUAGUAGCCGCAGUAGUACAUAUUAGUGGCAUACUUUUAAUCAUUAUUCUAACUUUUAUACUCCGACUAACAUAAUAAUGGAUUAUUUUUGAUAAAAAUGAACAUUUGUACCUAUGUAUUUGUAUUUUAUUUUAUAAGUAUAAUUUUAUAUUUAACCAAAUGUAUACCGUCCAUGUAUGAGCAAUUUUAAAAUUGGAAGUUUUGUGAUCUGUUUUCAGAGUAAUUUGAGCGUGCAAUAAAUUUGUUGAUUGAAUAUUUUAUAAAAUUAUUUUACAAUAUUGUUGUCCAUAUAAAUAGAUUAUUAAUUAAAUUUUAAGUUUUUUUUUUUGUUACGAUUACAAUUUAUUUUUUCUAAUUACAAAUUUUAUAUAACGAUAACAAUAAUUUGAGUAAUUUAAAUUACUUAAAGACAUACUAAUUGUUUUGAAUUCAUUAUUUAUUAUAGUUCAAAUGUAUUAUAAACUGUUAUAUAUUUAUAUAAUAUUGUACACUGAUAAGUACAGUAUCAACUACAUUUUGUCGGAGAAAUAAAAUAUAUAUGAUUUAA